UCUUCCGGGGCGGGGGGCACCAUGUCGCUGCGGGGUGUCAGGGUCGUGGAGCUGGCCGGCCUGGCCCCGGGUCCGUUCUGCGGGAUGGUGCUGGCGGACUUCGGGGCGCAGGUGGUGCGCGUGGACCGCCCCGGGUCCCAGGGCGACGUGAGCCGCCUGGGCCGGGGCAAGCGCUCGCUGGUGCUGGACCUGAAGCAGCCGCGCGGGGCGGCGGUGCUGCGGCGCCUGUGCGCGGGCGCCGACGUGCUGCUGGAGCCCUUCCGCCACGGUGUCAUGGAAAAUCUGCAUCUUGGGCCAGACAUUAUGCUGCAGGAAAAUCCAAAGCUUAUCUACGCCAGGCUCACUGGAUUUGGUCAGUCAGGAAGUUACUCUAAGUCUGCUGGCCAUGACAUCAACUAUUUGGCUUUGUCAGGUGUCUUGUCAAAAAUUGGCAGAAGUGGUGAGAACCCUUAUGCACCAUUGAAUCUCCUGGCGGACUUUGGAGGUGGUGGGCUCAUGUGUGCAUUGGGCAUCAUGAUGGCUCUCUUUGAACGCACAAAAUCUGGCAAAGGCCAGGUCAUUGAUGCAAACAUGGUGGAAGGAACAGCAUAUCUAAGUUCUUUUCUGUGGAAAACUGAACAAGUGGGAUUGUGGACACAGCCUCGAGGACAGAACUUGUUAGAUGGUGGGGCACCAUUCUACAGAACUUACAAGACAGCCGAUGGGCGCUACAUGGCUGUUGGAGCAAUAGAACCCCAGUUCUACCAGCUGAUGGUCAAAGGACUUGGUCUAAAGUCUGAUGAACUUCCCCCCCAGAUGAGUACAACUGAUUGGCCAGAAAUGAAAAAGAAAUUUGCAGAGGCAUUUGCAAAGAAGACCAAAGAAGAAUGGUGUAAGAUCUUUGAUGGCAUAGAUGCAUGUGUGACCCCUGUGCUGACCUUUGAUGAGGUCACCCAUCACAGUCACAACAAAGGACGCGGUUCAUUCAUCACCAACGAGGAGAAGCAUGUGAGUCCUGGUCCUGCACCUCUGCUGUCCAGAACCCCAGCUGUCCCUUCUGCCAAAAGGGAUCCUUUGGUAGGAGAACAUACUGAAGAGGUACUCAAAGAAUUUGGAUUCAACCAGGAAGAGAUCGAUCAGCUCAACGCAGAUAGAAUCAUUGAAAAUAAGAAGAUAAAACUAAACUCCAACUUGUAGGCACUAAAGUGAAUUUGAAUGUCACAUUUACACAUAUAAUUGUAUGUAUGGAAAUAUGGAAGAAAAGUAAUGAACUGAUGAAUUAUUGUAAUCCAGGAACAACUGGUGACUAAUUCUACACUCAUGAUUGCAUUCUAAGAAGGAUUAUCAGUAAUUUAGGGUUAAACAUUUAUUUUUGCAACAUUGGUGUUUGAAUUUAGGGCCUCAUUUGUUAGGCAGGCACUCAUCACUUGAACCAUGCCUCCAGCAUGCUUUAAAACAUUUUAUGCACUUCAUAUUAAUUUGUGUCAGGUUUCCUGCCUUCACUUUUACUUGAUAAAGCAUAUUUGUUGAUAUUAAAAUGCUUAUAACAUAGUUUAAAAUAAUUAGUAUAACACAUUUCUAUUAAAUAAAGCCUCUAUCUUCUGAAAGUAAACUGUGCUUUUAAGUUUA